UAGCACCCUCAAUUGCAAAGACCACAUGUGAAGGUCUUUUCUGAAGAACUCGCCAAGAAUUUGACUUCAUUUUCUACCAUCUUGCUUUGUCAGUUUAACAUCUGCUGCAGAGAGCGCCAUCCUAAUUUGAAAACGAUAGAAUAGGGGCACCUGGGUGGCUCAGUUAAGCAGCUGUUGAUCUCAUCUGGGGUCUUGAUCUCUGGGUUGUGAAUUCAAGUCCCGUGUUGGCCUCCACUGGGCCUGAGGCCUACUUAAAAAAGAGAGAGAAAGAGAGAGAGAGUAGUGAGAGCCGUGCUUUGGAAUGUUAAAGGACUAGGUAACAUCAAAGUGCUGUAUGUAAAAUUGAAUGAGGCCCCGAGGCGCGUUAUCAGUCACUAGGCAAAGUUCACAUUGAGUUUCAGCAUCAUUUAUCCAUCAGUUUGGAUGCAGCAGAACUUCUCCCCCAUCUUGUAAGUUAGACCAGCACAAAUCUGUGUUGAGGGUCAGAGUUGCGAAGAGCCAGUGUUCAAUACUUGAUGGGCUACCUAAUUGUGGGCACACGCCCCACCCCGAGGGUUUAAAUUUUUGAAAUUGAAGUAGGUCUACACAUUAGGAACUCAUGUCUUUUCUUGUAAGUAAACCAGAGCGAAUUAGGCGGUGGGUCUCGGAAAAGUUCAUUGUUGAGGGCUUAAGAGAUUUGGAACUAUUUGGAGAGCAGCCUCCGGGUGACACUCGGAGAAAAACCAAUGAGGCGAGCUCAGAGUCGAUAGCAUCCCUGUCUAAACAGGAGAUCAUGAGUAGCUUCCUGCCGGAAGGAGGGCGCUAUGAGCUACUCUCUGUCAUAGGCAAAGGAUUUGAGGACCUGAUGACAGUGAAUCUAGCAAGGUACAAACCGACAGGAGAGUACGUGACGGUACGAAGGAUUAACCUGGAAGCUUGUUCCAAUGAGAUGGUGACGUUCUUGCAGGGGGAGCUUCAUGUCUCUAAACUCUUCAGCCAUCCCAAUAUCCUGCCCUAUCGAGCCACCUUUAUUGCAGACAAUGAGCUGUGGGUUGUCACAUCAUUCAUGGCGUAUGGUUCUGCAAAGGAUCUCAUCUGCACACACUUCAUGGACGGCAUGAAUGAACUGGCGAUUGCUUACAUCCUGCAGGGGGUGCUCAAGGCCCUGGACUACAUCCACCACAUGGGAUACGUACACAGGAGCGUCAAAGCCAGCCACAUUCUGAUUUCCUCGGAGGGAAAGGUCUACCUGUCUGGUUUACGCAGCAACCUCAGCAUGAUCAGCCAUGGGCAGCGGCAGCGUGUGGUCCACGACUUUCCCAAGUACAGUGUCAAGGUUCUGCCUUGGCUCAGCCCAGAGGUCCUCCAGCAGAAUCUGCAGGGUUACGAUGCCAAGUCUGACAUCUACAGUGUGGGAAUCACAGCCUGUGAGCUGGCCAAUGGCCAUGUCCCCUUUAAGGAUAUGCCUGCCACCCAGAUGCUGCUGGAGAAGCUGAAUGGCACCGUGCCCUGCCUGCUGGACACCAGCACCAUCCCUGCCGAGGAGCUGACCAUGAGCACCUCACGCUCAGCAGCCAACUCUGGCCUGAGUGACAGCCUGGCCACCAGCACCCCCAGGACCUCCAAUGGCGACUCGCCCUCCCACCCCUAUCACCGCACCUUUUCCCCCCACUUCCAUCACUUUGUGGAGCAGUGCCUUCAGCGUAGUCCAGACGUAAGACCAAGUGCCAGUACCCUCCUGAACCACUCUUUCUUCAAGCAGAUCAAGCGGCGCGCCUCAGAGGCCUUGCCUGAGUUACUUCGCCCUGUCACCCCCAUCACCAGUUUUGAGGGCAGUCAGCCUCAGGAUCACAGCGGGAUCUUUGGCCUGGUAACAAACCUGGAAGAGCUGGAGGUGGACGACUGGGAGUUCUGAGCCUCCGAAGAAGGUGCACGUUCUCAGUCCUGGAACAUGUGAGCCUCAGGGGCCCUUUCUGAGGGCCGGCCACACUCCCACCCUCCCGGGUGCAGGUUGGGUAGAAAAGACAUUUCUGCCAGGAGAGUUGGCCGCUUACUCACUGGGAGAGAAAUUCUUGGAGAGAAACCUUUUUUACUGCUCCAGGACUUCUGAGACACCCAGGAAUCCCAGCAACCGGUGAUCAGAGGCCAGAAAUCUGACAUUCCAUCCUGGGAGUUCAGGCAACCUCUUCAGAAGAAAGAGAUGCUGUUCUGGCCCUGGAAGGCUAAAGGCCAAGCCCAGGGUUUGACUCCUUGACCUGGGGACUGUGUGACUUCCUCCUCUCACUGUAGCUGUCCUACCAGCCUAUUGCAUUCUCUCCCUCUGCUCUCGGAUCUUAGAGGUCCGGAGGGGUAAGCAAUAAGCCACCUGCCCCCCCUCUCCAGCCCCCAGGCCUCUCCCUGGUAAUUGAAGGGAAGGGCAUUUUUUUUCUUGUUAAGCACCAGGUCAAGGCUGGGGCAGUCCAUCCUCACCCCUUUCAUCACUUGUGCCCCAACACCUAAAGCCUUCCCAUAGUUCAUCUGUGCAGCUCAUCCCUUUCACACCAUCUUACUGCCUCCUGCCAGCCUCCUUGAGGCUUUCUCCAAGGCCACAGUGUCUUGCCUAGCCUGAGGACUUAAGUCCUUAUGCCACGUUAGUUUCAUUGCCAGAACAAAUUAAACAUUUCAGAGAACCCA